ACAAAUAUCGUGCAUUUGGCCAUUGGCGAACAAGUUAAUCAUGCCCACACCGAAGUAUUCAAAAUUAAUUGGUGUCGGCAUGAUGUUCAUCGCUUCUUCGUGUUCAAAUAUGUAAUCUGUUCUCAUUAUCCCUUGGAUAUCGGGAAAUACCAGACGGCGAUUAUUGCUUACGCUCCGUUGCCUACAUCUGAGUUAAAUCUGGCCACUCCAGUGAACCAAAUAGAACAGAGAUUGUCCAAGGCAUUUGCUAUUGCACACGCCAACUCGAUAAAGAACUACUCAUCCGGUUUGAUCCCAUCGUUAGAGAUUUACGAAGCCAAAGUUGCACAAAUGCGGCUUCUACGUGAGCGUAACAAACUGGAACUGACGUUCUUCGUCAAGAAGGAACAGGACUAUAUCAGUGCCAUAGAAGUCAUGCAAACCUUUGCGCGAAUGUCUUUGCAAGAAUUAGCCAUUAUUCUCGGUAUCCAGUUGGUACAAAAACCUCAAAAUCACAAUGUCACUGUUCUCACUGGUUACAUCAACGACAGUGAUAAAAUACCCGAAACUCAAGAAAUUUGUCAUAAAUUUUACGAUCUGGAAGCAUACAAUGAGGUAGAUGAUUUCCUGUGGAUCAUUGGAGCGCGUUGGGUUCAGCUGACUCAACAGACAACCAUGCUUAAAUACAGUCGAAUUGUCCUGGGAAAGUCAAAGUCAGUGGACCAUAUCUCACUAACUCCUAAGAUUCUAAAUAGUGAUUUCCCAUCACGACGAGACUGCACCUUAGCGUGGUUUGAUGGCCUGCGUGCCUCCAUGGCCCUGCGAGCCAUACAGGAUGGCUUUUCUCAGCCAUAG